AUGUUAUGUGCCCAAAAACUGAGAUCUCCUAUGUGGCCUGUCAGCCCACGUGCACUGCUGGCUGUCCCUUCCCCACGAGUGGAGAAACUGGCAAAGCCAAAGGGUGUUUGUGAGCACUGGAUGGAAGACCGAUCUGUGUACAGCAUUGUAACUGAAGGAGCUAAGAAAGCAUCUGCUAGUGCACGCAUUGUUCAGCUAGCUAAGCCGAAGAACCAUACAGAAAAUGGAAUGCCCAACACACCAGAGAGUCAUCAGGAUGAAGAAAAAGAAAGCCCCAGAUCUAAUAAAUCAGUUACUGCUUCAUCUAGAACAGAGUCUUUAGCGGCGCCUAAGACAGAACACCCUGAGUACCGGCAUGAGCUCCCUGUCCAACGACAUGUUCCUGCAUCUGCCCUCAACGUUCAAGCCUCAGACAGAGUCUGCCAGCUUGCAAAACCAAAAAUUCGUAAGUCUAUUUUUGAAGGCUACGACCCCUACAGAAUUUCUCCUGCAGCUAAGCAUGCUGAGGCCUCUCCACGUAUUGUUGAGCUCUGCACCCCUCCAGCUCACAAGCAACGGCAUAAGAAAAUUUAA